CCACGUGUCUUCCGUGUGCAGUUAUUCCUCCACAUUUUCCACCGCUAGUGUUUCGUCGUCUUCUAUAAAAACGCGGUGGAACUUAUAAGUGUUGGGCACAGUAAGGCCUAUAAGACUUGAAACGUAACAUUACGUUGUUGUAAUAAUGUUUCCUUCUACUUCACUCCUUUCUGAAUUUGAAUGCCCUCUUUAUCAACGCGGUCGUUGUAAUCGACCCUUUUGCAAGUACCAACAUGAGGACCGUCCAGGUAAUGGGAAUGUUUCUCCCAUAAUAACGCGAGGAGUUGAAAGGCACCAUGGGUCUUCUUGUGAAACAUUAAGCACCCAAGAAGAUAACGGCGCUUGCUUACUAGAACUUGAAAAAAUUAAAAAACAAAUUGAAUCAGUCAAAUGUGAGGUUGAGCAACAACAGAGAAAGCUGUCUCAUUACAAGACUAGAAAAAAUGACCAAUACAGGAUGUGCACAUCUGUGUCCAAAAGUAAAAAUAAAAUUGCAGCAAACAACCCAAGUGCCAACAAAUAUGUAUUGGAGAAAUCUAGGCCCCUUACUGAUUUGGAAUAUGAUCCUUGUUCAAAUUUUUCCUCUGGCUUAUUGUCAAGCACUUUAUCAGAUUGUAGUGUCAAACCGUGUAAAGACAAAGAGAUUGCACUGGAGCAAUGCAAGAAAAAGGAUAAUCAAAGUAAUGACCAAGAGACAAAAAUAUCUCAUCAUUCUGAUGACUCCGAUGAUGGAACACUUGUAAUUGAUGUGCCAUGUUUGGAGGAGGAUCCACGAGGUCUCAAGGGAGUUGCACAAACCAUGUCCACUGAAGCCAAACCCACAGAAUCUCCCCCAAAGGAAAUCCGUGAGGCUAAACAAUGUAUAGCUCUCUCUAGUGACUGUGCGCUGUCCACGCAUAAAAACCUGCAGACAAAUGAACAAUGUGAGAAAGAACUACUUAAAUCACCUGUGAAAAGUUCAGAAGAAGCAAAGACCAGAAAUGGAAAAGUAUUGCAUUGCUUUGAAAGAGGCAGAGAGAUUGCGGCAUCAAGUUUACCAGAUGCUGGUCUGUCUGCAACUAAAGAGGGAACAGAAAUCAACCAUGGUACUUCACGUUCUCAUCACAAAGAAAGGGAAGAAAGGCCUAAUAUUGAGAAUGUUCUAGAUGACCUUUCUGCUUGUCUUGACGAUCUGAGGAAUCAGAGUGAAACAAUUGGCUGUACAAGUGACCUGGAACUAGUUCCGAAAAUGAAUGGAAAUGCCUUGGAUGUCGGUAAUCAAAACGAAGACCUGGAAUUCUGUAGUCUCCAGCAAGAGCUACAGGUCCAGAUUGACAGUCUAGAAAAGGCACUGGAGGGACCCAACAAAAAUCACCAAUUUCCUCUUCUCCCCACUGCACCCCAAAGUCAUAUUCAACACACUGUGGCACCUAAAGAAAACCUGCAACUUUUUGACCACCAAACCACUUCCUUAUUUCCUUCAAAACACACCAGGAGCAGUGGUCAGGAUGUUGAAUGUUUCACAGGCUCGUACUGGACCUCAGUGCAAAAUGUUAAAAACGAAACAGGUACUUCUAAACUUCCUGCACCUUCAUUCAUGACUGCACAGCACUUGGAUGGGGGGCAGAGUGUACAGUCUAUAAGAUGUCUAGAUGCAGCGGUGACCGCGUCAAACCCCAACCGGUUUCAGAUGCUAAAGAAGCCAAUGGGUGAACCAAGUGUUGGGUAUGUUGUCCAUCAAGCCCCUGCGGUACUUCGUCCACCAGCUGCAGCCACAGUGCCCAGAAGAAUGGAAAAAGAGGAGACCGACAUUUUCUCAAGUUCUGAGGAGGAAGAGCUCAAUUACUCUGACCUGGAUUUGUCUGAAAGUGACCCGAUGGAAGAGUGCUACAAGAUUUUCAUGGAGGGAAAUAAAGAUGGUGAUUCCGGCAUCCAGGAUGCUUCCCCUGUGCAAGCAGGUAAACUUGCAGAGGCUGACCUGAAACUGAAAAUGGACAGUGGACAGAAGAAAAGAAUGGCCCAUACACCAAAAUUUGAGGCAGCCCCUACUAAACCCAAACCACAGGUGAUCAUCCCCCUGCGAGGUGAAGCAUCUCUGAUGACCUCAGCACCUGUGAGAAGGCCACAGCCACAGCAGCAGUUUAUCCAUCGGCAGCCGUCUGUGCUGACCACAGCAAUCAGGGGCAUCCAGGGACCAGGCCCCUCCAUUGGGCAUAUCAGCAAAUACGCCCAAUUCACUUCACACCCCAGCCUUCCACAAAAUGCGUGUGUUAACAUCAUACCAGUCGGAACCACCGUCCAGCUGCCUCCCAACAUGCACUUCAUUCUCCCUCAUGGGCACUACAUGCCCAUGACUGUGUCUAUGCCCAUGACUGUGUCUCCCCCCGUAGUGAUGCCACGGGCUGUGCACCUUACGCCCGCUAAACCAGUGCAAGUCAAACGCAAAGCAAAAGAGAGGAGUGAAGUGGGCGUUAAGGUCCCACACAACGUGAGGCAGCGCUAUGUCAACCUUUUUGUUGAAGAGUUCCUGAAAACCUCUGCCACUGUGCCUGAAGCUUUUGAAAAGGCUUUAGUUGAGGAGAAGUCUGUGUAUGAACGCAGCAUCAACAGACUGAAGUAUCUGAGUGUAGCUGUGAAUGCCCUGAAGAAACUGAAGAGCCAAAACAGUGUGCCCUCCAAAGGUGGAACAGAGAAUACAGCAAAAGAAUCCAAGGGCAACAUAGCACUCAAAGCCUGUGCGCUUCAUGGAGCAGGAGAUUGUGCUCUUCAUGAGAGUCUGAAGGAGCACAUCCUGUCUGAUGACAUGCUAAGGAAAAACGGCUAUCCUUUUCAACACCCUGGCCACCCUGGCUAUGCUAUGCAGUGUGGUGAGAGGAAAAAGACCAUGGCUGACGCAUUGAAAAGAAUCUGCUGCCGUUGUGGCUCAACCUUUUCUGUCAGCCAAACAGGAAAACACACUCGGACAGAGGAGUGCACCUACCACUAUGGAAAAGUUGUUGAAAACAGGGUGCCGGGCGGCGUGGAGUCCCGCUACAGCUGCUGUGAGGCCACGGCGGGGGCUUCUGGGUGCCAAGUGUUCAAGCUUCAUGUCCACGACGCCUGCAGCCUGUCUGGCUUCGUGAGCACCGUGCCGGCAGCCUCGUCUGAGCGGUGCUGUCCAGGAGUCUAUGCGAUAGACUGCGAGAUGUGUUACACAACACAGGGUCUGGAGCUGGCCAGAGUGACUGUGGUCAAUUCCAGCCUGCAGGUCAUCUACGACACCUUUGUCCAACCUGAGAGUGAGGUCAUUGAUUACAACACCAGGUUCUCUGGUGUUACUGAGAAGGAUGUGAGAGCCACCAGUGUCCAUCUGAAGGACGUUCAGAACACGCUUCUGAACUUCAUCACUUCAGACACCAUCCUGAUUGGCCAUGAGCUGGAGAAUGACCUCUGUGCCCUUAAACUCCUUCAUGGCAUGGUUGUGGACACUUCUGUGGUGUUUCCUCACCGGCUGGGGCCUCCACACAAGCUAGAGUUGCACCACCUAACUGCUGACUACCUCAGAAGGAUCAUCCAGGAAAGUGUGGACGGCCAUGACACAGGCGAGAACGCAACAGCGUGCAUGGAGCUGAUGCUCUGGAGGGUCAAGGAAGAUGCCAAAGUGAAGAGGUGGUGAAAAUGUUGCCUGCGGGCAGAGCAUCAAAAUGUCCACCAGAGGGGGAGAUGGUUCCACACUGGCCCUAUAUAAUGGCUGCUUCAGCGCUACAGCCACAUCAAUUUGUAUACCUCAUCAUGAACAUAUCCAUUCUCUCGAUGUGUGGACUUCUCCCAUGAGAGACAUAUUUCAGUUACACAAAAAGAGUUUUUGAAAGAUGGUUUAUUUGUGAAAAUCAGAAAAAGAGUUCUUGGUGGGGGGAAUAAAGGUUAUGGUAUUGUCUUUGAAGAGGCUUUGAACAUGGAACACCAGGUCGUGAAAAAUGUUGGCCUUGCUGAGUUCCUUUUGUUAACAUAAUGUUCGUCCAUUUUCUUCCGGUUUUAUUUUUUGUUUGUGUUUUAUUUUGCAAUAUUUAUUUUAGCCUUAUAUGCCAAAUUAUGUAAAUAUGAGUGGACAUAAGAAAUAUCACACCUGGAAAAGCACAGAUUGAUGUGUACUUUCAUAGUAAAUGGGGGCACAAAUAAAUUGAGCUGUCUGGCAUUUGUUUGAAAUGUCACAUCUACACUUAAUAGGCUGUUAAUAAGGAAGAUGGGAACACCAGCUGUAGCUAAUUAAUUCAUCUAACUCUAGCAGUGUGAAAAGUUUAUUAAAAUCUCUGCUUGUUUUGAUUGAGAAACGUAAGUCACAGCCAUGUUAUCAGAGAGAUGUUCCAGUGUUAAAUGUCAAAUUAGCUGAACAGUGACAUUGUAUUGUGCAUCAAUACAGAUUGUGUCUGAACUGUAAGUGUUUCCAUAAGUUAGCUAUGGAGUUUUUAC